AUGUCUAUCUCGGCUGCGGAUACCGUCACGAAUUCCAUCGAUAUUUCGGGCCCCUGGGAAGACAAGGGGCUAUACGACAUCAAUCUUCUGAUGAAGAGAAUGAAUACCUACCCAACAGGACUCAAACUACACCUGAUUAUCCUCUCUCUCUGCCUGGGUGUCUUCCUUGUAGCCCUCGAUCAGACUAUUAUCGCCCCGGCGCUGGGCGCCAUCACCAGUGAAUAUGGCAGCGUCGGGGAUAUAGGUUGGUACGGUAGCUCGUACCUCUUGACCUCUACCGCACUGCAACCAUUAUACGGCAAAAUAUACCGGAUCUUUGACAUCAAGUACUCAUUCCUAGGUGCUAUCGCACUCUUCGAACUUGGCAGCUUGGUCUCGGCCAUGGCGCCGUCUUCUACAGCCUUCAUCAUCGGACGGGCCGUGGCGGGGAUGGGCAGCGCAGGCUUGUUCUCUGGCUCAGUCGUCAUCUUAUCGUACACUCUGCCUCUUCGGCGACUACCUCUCAUGUUUGGUAUGUUCGGCUGCAUGUGGGGUAUCGCGUCCGUGGCCGGACCCCUGCUCGGGGGCGUCUUCACGGACCAUCUCACCUGGAGAUGGUGUUUCUAUAUCAACCUGCCGAUCGGGGGACUCGCGAUGGUGGUGAUAUUUUUCUUCCUUACAAUUUCCCUGGUUAACAACCCGGAUGGUCAAUUUUUCCUCACGCGGGUUCUGGAACUUGACUUAAUAGGGGCUAUGGUACUAAUGCCGGCGAUCAUCAUGUUACUCCUCGCGCUCCAAUGGGGAGGUUCUCAGUUUCCGAGCGACCGACGUAUUAUCGGCUUAUUUGUCGGCGCUGGUGCCAUGGCCCUGAUCUUUGUUGGCAUUGAGCAUUACCAGCAGGACAAGGGCUUAUUGCCUCCGAGGUUCUUCAAGGAUCGCAACUUGCUGUGCGCUAUGCUAUUUGCCGCCUUCUUCGGGGCCUCGUUCUUCCCCCUAAUCUAUUAUCUUUCCCUCUACUUCCAAGCCAUACAGGGAGACAGCGCCGUCAGGGCAGACAUCAAGCUCUUACCCCUCCUUAUAUCAGUAGUCGUCAGCUCGAUCAUCUCAGGUGCCCUCAUCACCGCCACCGGCUACUACAACCCGUUUAUCCUAGUCGAGAUCGCCAUGGUCGCCUUCGGGUACCAGGUCCUCGACGGGCUGGGUGUAGGCGUCGGAUUCCAGGCCAGUGUCGUCGUAGUGCAAAAUGUAGUUUCGAGAGAGCUGGUUCCGCAGGCUACAUCGUGCGUGCAAUUCUUCCAGUCUCUCGGUGGCGCCCUCUUCAUCGCCGUCGCCCAAACCCCACACCUCGACCCCAGACUCUUCACGCACAGCGGCGCGUCCCAAGUCCGACAGGUCCUAGCAUCCAUCGGCCAAGAACGCAUGCUCAACGCCGUGUUAGGCGCUUACAUGAGCGGCCUGCGGCACACGUAUUGCAUCUCCGCAGCCGCGGCGACUGUCGCGUUUCUGGCCGCGCUAGGCCUCCAGUGGAAGAAGAUCGAGAAGAAGGGCGAUGGCAACACGGCUACGGCCGCAGGUGAGAUCUGGAGAGCGUGUACGCCGGCUGCCGAGUUUGAUACGUAUUAUGAGGGGGCGGGCGAGUUAUGUGCUGCGUCGAAGCUGCAGAAACGUCGGCGUGGAUAUCCUUAA